AACCGGCAUCAGCGUCGCGACGCAACACAUACGCACGUGGUUUUGUUGACAAUUUCGUAUUGGCAUCGGGCUUCAUUAUUUACCACGAUUUUCUCCGUGUUUAGUGAUGUUUCAUUAGUUUAAACAGAUUUAAAUCAUGAAAUUCGCCUACAAGUUCAGCAAUUUGCUCGGAUCGGUGUACCGAAAGGGUUCACUUAUCUUCUCUCCCGAUGGAAACUCGGUUAUCAGCCCGGUGGGGAACCGGAUUACUAUUUUCGAUCUUAAAAGCAACAAGUCACAGACACUUUCGUUGGAGAGCGAAUACAAUUAUAGUGCUCUGGACCUGUCCCCGAAUGGAUGCGUUUUAGUUGCGGUCAACGAAAUUGGCGAUGCCCAAAUGAUCAGUAUGAUCUCACACACGGUGGUUCACCGAUAUAAGUUUCGAACCGAAGUUAAGGCAUUGCGGUUCAGUCCGGAUGGACAGUUUUUCGCAGCAUGCGUUAAUAAUGCAGUGAUCGUAUUCCGGGCGCCAGGUGAACUGAGCGGGACGUACAAUUCAUUUGUGGUUCAACGAGCUUUCGAGAUAGCGUACGAUGAAACUACGUUCAUUGAUUGGGCUUCCAACUCAACGGUUCUAGCAGUGGGUUCCAAGGAUAAUUCGAUUCGCGUACAAGGUGUAAUGUACUUGAACAACUUUAGACCGUUUAUUUUGGGCGGACACCGUGACGCUAUUGUGGGUUGUUUCUUCGAGGAGAAGUCUCUAGAUGUUAACACCAUAAGCAAGGAUGGACUUUUGAUGCUGUGGGAGUGCAGUGUGGCGGUGGAUGAUCUUUCGCCAGGACAUAAACCUCUACCCAAUGAGCAACCAACGAGCAAAAAGGUAAAGAGUGAAGAAGACGACGAGGAUAAAGAAGAUGAACUGGAAGCAGAUGAAGAUUAUGAAAAAUCGGCUAAGGAUGCCGAUAUUUUCGAGCAUGUACAAGGAGACUCUAAUAAGGACGAGGAAGAGCGUGACGCACUUGGAAGAGUCGAAGUUAAACAGCCAAAAAAGGGUUUUAGAUACAAACGACUAGCUCGUCAUUAUUUGGCGGAUGAGGCCCGCAAAGAAAAUCACAAAGCGGUUGUUACAGCAGCGGCAUACCAUAAACAUCUGAAAAUUCUAAUAACUGCCUACUCAACCGGAGUGUUUUACCUUCACGAACUACCGGAUGUAACGAUGAUCCAUUCGUUAAGUAUAUCGGACCAUCGGAUCGAAUCAGUUACGUUUAAUAACACUGGAGAUUGGCUCGCAUUGGGAGUGUCGGAUCUCGGUCAGCUGCUUGUUUGGGAGUGGCAAAGUGAACAGUAUGUGAUGAAGCAACAAGGGCAUUCAACUGGCUUGAAUUGCGUGACUUAUUCUCCCGAUGGACAAAUGCUGGCCACGGGUGGCUUGGACGGAAAGGUCAAGCUGUGGAACAUCAGUAACGGAUUUUGCUUCGUAACUUUCAGCGAACAUUCCAGUUCGGUGACUGCCGUUGAAUUUAGUGGCAAUAAAAAGUUUUUCGUCAGUUCUUCCUUAGAUGGAACGGUGAGGGCGUACGACAUUGUACGAUACAGAAAUUUCCGUACGUUUACCUCACCGGAACCGGUUCAGUUUGCGUCGGUUGCUGUUGAUCAAUCUGGAGAGCUUAUUGCAGCCGGAGGCCAGGACGUGUUCGAAAUCUAUCUGUGGUCCAUGAAACUCGGAAGGCUAUUAGAAGUUCUGAGCGGACACGAAGGCCCGGUGGUAACGUUAGCUUUUUCUCCGGUUGCUACCUCGUCGACUAUGGUCUCCGGGUCGUGGGAUAGAUCAGUUCGUAUUUGGGACUGUCUCGAGACGUCUGGAGCCCAUGAAACAAUAGACAUAGCAUCGGACGUGGUUUGUGUUGCGUUCAAACCUAACGGCGAAGAAGUGGCCGUUUCGGCACUUAAUGGCCACAUUUCGAUUUUCAAUGUUAAAACGGUUCAGCAAGUGGCUUCGAUAGAGGGUAGAAACGACAUGGAAGGAAGCAAGUCCACUGGAGAUUUGAGCUCGGCUAAAAAGAACCUUCAAGGAAGAGCUUUCACCUCCAUCUGCUAUUCAGCGGAUGGCGAGUGUUUACUCGCCGGGGGCCGGUCCAAGUACGUUUGCAUUUAUAAUGUGUAUGAAGCAAUUUUGCUUAAAAAAUUUCAAAUUACACAGAACCGAAGUCUCGAUGGAAUGGAAGAGUAUAUCAACCGCAAAAAUAUUACCGAAUUUGGUAACAUGGCACUUGUAGAGGAACGUGAACAACUAGAAGGUGGCAAUGUUUCAAUCAAGCUACCAGGCGUGGCACGUGGUGACUUGGCGGCCCGUAGUCACAAACCGGAGGUGAAUGUGUUUGCUGUGCGGUUCUCACCCAGCGGUCAGUCAUGGGCAGCUGCAUCUACCGAAGGCCUGCUGAUGUACUCUCUAAACAAGGGAAUUGUCUUCGAUCCGUACCAGUUGUCAGUGGAAAUCACACCGAAAGCUAUCCGGGAACUGUUAAAGAAGUUGGACUACUCCGCUGCUCUGAUUAUGUCGCUGAAGCUUAACGAGAACAACCUUAUUCAUGAGGUUAUAGAGAAGAUACCCUACACCAACAUCGAUUUAGUUAUUCAAUCUCUACCUGAUGAAUUCGCUCACCGCUGUCUGAAGUUCGUAGCUUCCAUCGUUGCUACAAGCCCACAUAUCGAGUUCUACCUGAGAUGGUCCAACUCGCUGCUGACUCGCCUCGGACAACAGGAGAAUGUACUGACCCAGCAGACACUGGUCACACUGCAUCAGAGUUUGAACCGAAAAUAUGAAGCGCUGAAUAAGAUAUGUGAUUUCAACAAGUACACAAUUCAAGUGCUGAAAAGCAUCGGCAUCAGCGAGGAGCAAGCGGAACUCGCCAAGAAAGAAUGUGGUGCUGAUGACGAUAUGAGCGAUAGUGAGUUGAUGUUAAUUGAUAAUACGGUCGCUACCGAAGGUAGGUACAGCACCGCUAGAGAUGAUGAAAGUGACGAGGAAUAAAGUUUCUAUUGAAGAA